AUGUCCAAGUCAGUUAGCAAGCUUUCAGAAAUCAAAGAACGGUUGGAUAGGAUAAAACGAAAUCAAGAGCUUCCAAAUUUCUUAGACAUUCCUAUCCAAACUCCCUUGGCGUUUAGACAACUUUCAAUUGACACCCAAGGGAGGAGGACAGAAGAAGAAGCUAACUUGGGUUCAAACUCCUCAAGUUACUUGUCAGAAGAGGAGGAAGAAGAACCCAUGGCUGGAUUGAAUCAGACUAUAAGGCAACUGUCUUCAUCAAAUGAAGGAGGAGCUGCCCCAACUUGCAUCAUAUACCCAGAACCAGCUGAUGGAAAGGUAGCAGAGUUUGAAUUGAAGAGUGGUUUCUUGCACCACCUUCCCAAGUUUCAUGGACUUAUGAAUGAGGACGCCAACAAGCAUCUCAAAGAAUUCCAGUUCGUGUGUGGGAGUAUGUGCCCUCAGAAUGCUGACCUUAACAUCCUAAAGUUGAAGGCAUUCCCUUUCUCUCUUGAAGAUAGGGCGAAGACAUGGCUGUUUGAUCUUCCCUCACGCCAUGUGGACUCUUGGGACAAGAUGGUUAAUGAAUUCCUUACGAAGUACUUCCCAGCCUCAAGGGUAACUGUCUUAAGGAAGCAAAUAACUGGGAUACAACAAGCAGCUGAUGAAUCAUUCUGCUCCUAUUAUGAAAGGUUCAAGACUUUAGUGGCAUCAUGCCCUUCACAUGGGAUGAAGGAAGGGAACCUACUCACCUAUUUCUAUGAGGGACUUCUCCCUCUUGAAAGACAAUUGUUGGAUGCUGCAGCUGGAGGGUCCUUUAUGGAUAAGACACCUGAGGUGGCUAAGGAGCUGUUGGCAAAUCGUUCUCUCAAUUAUCAACAAUAUGAGGGGGCAUUAUCCUCCUCAAGGAGGGUAAAUGAGGUAACUUCUAACUCAGCACUUGAGGAAAAGUUGAAUAAUAUGAGUGCUUUGUUGUCUCAAGUUUUGAUCGAGAAAGGCCAAGAGGGAGUAAAGGCGUGUGGGGUGUGCUCUAUUCAAGGGCACCCAACUGAUCAAUGCCCCCAACUGAUACAAAAUGGUGGAUGGGAGUCCUUAAAUGCUUUUGAAUCUCAAAGGUACAAACCUUUUUCCAACACGUACAAUCCAGGACUUAGGGACCACCCUAACUUUCGUUGGAGCAAUACGGAGAAUGUUCAGAACCCCCAGAAUCAAAAUGGACCCUUUCCACGUCCUCAGAGCUUCUAUCAGAGGCCUCAGGUUCCUCAAAACUUUGCUCCCAAUAAUAAUUUUGUUCCUAAUAAUGCUACUCACCCUUCUUACGAUAAGAUGCUUGAAGCCCUUUUUCAAGGGCAACAAACUUUGACAAAUUCUACUCAAGCUCUUGUAACAGGUCAACAGAGUAACACGAAGGACAUAUCUGAGCUUAAGAAGCAAAUGGGACAGGUGGUGGACUUCAUGGGAAAGAUAUCUGAGAGUGGGAAGCUUCCAAGCAGCACCAUUCCCAACCCAAACUUUGAGUCUGCAAAGGCGAUCGUCACAAGGAGUGGAAAAGAGCUUAGGGACGUCCCAAAGGUCCAAAAGAAGGCCCAGAAGAAGAACCAUGUAGCCCAUGAGGAGGAGGAUGACGUUGAGGUUACAAAGGAGGAUAUUGAGCAUGAUCCAGCCACUUCUAGGGUUGAAACAAAUGUGCCUCAAACAUCUGAGCCACCUUUGAAACUAAGAGGUAAUGAUCUAAACCCUAAAGGUUCAGUUACUACUAACUCCCCUUUCUCUCGUGUUCCUUUCCCCAGUAGGUUUGCAAAGUCCAAAAAGGAUGAAUCUGAUCAAGCCAUCUUGGAGAUCUUUAAGAGAGUGCAAGUCAACAUGCCCUUGAUUGAGUGCAUAACACAAGUCCCAAAGUACGCCAAAUUUCUGAAGGAGUUGUGCACCACAAGGAGACAAACGCGUGAGAAGGAGGUAGUGAAGAUGAAUGAAACUGUCUCAGCAGUUAUCCAGAGGAAAUUGCCUCCAAAACUUAAGGAUCCAGGGAGUUUUUCUGUUCCUUGUGUCAUUGGAAACACUAAGUUUGAAAAUGUCAUGCUAGAUCUAGGUGCAUCAAUUAAUGUUAUGCCAUAUAGUUUAUAUGCAUCUCUAGAGUUAGGUGAGCUUAAGAAAGAUAAUGUUGUUGUCCAAUUGGCUGAUAGGUCCAACACGUAUCCUAAGGGAUAUGUGGAAGAUGUUCUUGUGCAGGUGAACCAUCUGAUAUUUCCUGCAGAUUUCUAUAUCCUUGACAUGGAGGACUCACCCUUAAACUCAACUCCAUUACUUUUAGGGCGUCCAUUCAUGAGGACAGCAAGGACAAAGAUCGAUGUCUAUGAAGGGACAUUGACCAUGGAGUUCGAUGGUGAUGUGAUUGGCUUCAACAUCUUUGAAGCAAUGAGGUAUCCCUUGUCUGAUUCUAAAUCAUGUUUUUCGAUUGAUGUGCUUGAUUCUCUUGCGCAGAGCUUUUUAGAUGCAAUGGAUGAUGAUGAGUUGGCUUUGACCAUCACCCAAGGGGUGGGAUACACUGAGGAUGGCGUCGCCAUCCCAAAUGUAGAAUUGGAGGGCGUUGUUGAGCCUAUUGUGAUCAAAACUGUGGCCGCCCUUGAGAGCCAACCUCCUUCAUCAAGGUACACUCCUCCUUUGUCAAUUCCCCUUGCUACUAAUAAACUUCUUCCUUCAGUGGUACAUGCCCCUACCCUUGAGUUGAAAGUACUACCAGACCACUUGAAGUAUGUGUUUUUGGGAGACAAGGAGACAUUGCCAGUGAUAGUGUCCUCCAAGCUAGAGAAGGAUCAAGAGAAGAAACUUGUGGAAGUUCUGAAGAAGUACAAGACUGCCAUUGGAUGGACUUUGGCAGAUAUCAAGGGCAUCAGCCCUACUACAUGCGUUCAUAGGAUACUUUUGGAGGAGGGUGCCAAGCCCACCAGAGAAGCCCAACGUCGCCUUCACCCUCCAAUGAUGAAGGUAGUCCAAAAUGAGAUAAUCAAGCUGCUCGAUUGUGAUGUGAUUUACCCAAUCUCAGAUAGCAAGUGGGUCUCUCCAGUUCAGGUAGUGCCCAAGAAGUCUGGGGUGACCGUGGUGAAGAAUGAGGAGAAUGAGCUAGUGCCCCAACGAGUUGUGACAGGACAUAGGGUCUGCAUAGACUAUAGGAAGCUCAACGCCACCACCAGGAAGGACCAUUUCCCAUUGCCCUUCAUUGAUCAGAUGUUAGAGAGGUUAGCAGGUCAUUCCUUUUAUUGCUUCUUGGAUGGGUAUAGUGGCUACAAUCAGAUUUGUAUAGCUCAAGAGGACCAAGAGAAGACCACCUUCACUUGCCCUUUUGGGACAUUUGCCUACAGACGUAUGCCCUUCGGAUUGUGCAAUGCACCAGGUACAUUUCAACGUUGUAUGAUGUCUAUUUUCUCUGAAUAUAUUGAAAAGAUAAUUGAGGUUUUUAUGGAUGACUUUAGUGUCUUUGGUAAAGAUUUUGAUUCAUGUCUGAGAAAUUUGGAUUUAAUCUUAAAAAGGUGUGUUGAAACAAACUUGGUUUUGAAUUGGGAAAAGUGUCACUUCAUGGUGACACAAGGGAUUGUUCUAGGGCACAUUAUCUCUAAUAGGGGUAUAGAGGUUGAUAAAGCCAAAGUGGAUCUUGUACGUUACUUACCCUCUCCCACUUGUGUGAGAGAGGUACGUUCUUUUCUUGGUCAUGCAGGUUUUUAUCGCAGGUUUAUCAAGGACUUUUCCAAGAUAGCCAGACCUUUAUGUCGUUUGCUUCAGAAGGACAUACCCUUUGAAUUCGAUGAUGAGUGCAAGAAGGCUUUUGGAAAGCUGAAGGACUUAUUGACGACUGCCCCCAUCAUGCUCCCUCCAGACUGGUCCUUGCCAUUUGAGUUAAUGUGUGAUGCCUCAGAUUAUGCUGUGGGGGCUGUGUUAGGGCAGCGGAAGGCCACGAAGCCCUAUGCCAUCUACUACGCUUCAAGGACACUCAAUGAUGCUCAGUUGAACUAUUCUACUACAGAAAAAGAGCUCCUUGCAGUUGUCUUUGCUUUAGAUAAGUUUCGUUCAUAUUUACUUCAGACUAAAGUUGUUGUUUAUACUGAUCAUGCAGCUCUGAAGUACUUGCUCACCAAGACGGAAGCGAAACCGAGACUCAUCAGAUGGAUACUCUUGCUCCAGGAAUUCGACCUAGAGAUUAAGGACAAGAAGGGGAGUGAGAAUGUAGUGGCUGAUCAUUUGAGCAGAAUUGUGCAUAAGGAGGACACCCUACCCUUGCAAGAGACCUUCCCGGACGAACAACUCUUCGGAGUAGAGGUAAGUGAACCCUGGUAUGCUGAUAUUGUGAACUAUUUAGUGACUAGGAGGUUUCCAGACACUUUACCUCGUUCUAAUAAGGAAAGACUUAAAAAAAUGGCUCGGUACUUUAUUUGGGAUGAACCUUACUUGUGGAAACAUUGUAGUGAUCAAAUAAUUAGGAGGUGCGUCCCAGAAAUUGAGCAUAAAUCCAUUCUUGCAUUUUGCCAUUCUGAGUCUUGUGGAGGUCACUUUGGGUCUCGUAGGACAGCUCUUAAGGUGUUGGAUUGUGGCUUUUAUUGGCCAACUAUUUUUAAGGAUGCCUACUUGUUUUGCAUGAGUUGUGAUAGGUGUCAAAGGACAGGUAACCUAGGUCCUAAGGAUCAGAUGCCCUUAGCUCAUAUUAUAACUGUUGAGAUAUUUGAUGUAUGGGGUAUCGAUUUUAUGGGGCCUUUUCCUUCAUCUAAUGGUUGUCUUUAUAUACUCCUUGCUGUGGACUACGUGUCAAAAUGGGUGGAAGCUAAGGCCACCCGUACUAAUGAUUCUCGAGUUGUUGCAGAUUUCCUUCGUUCUAACAUCUUUUCUAGGUUUGGAAUGCCACGCGUGCUUAUUAGCGAUGGAGGAUCUCACUUCUGCAACCGAACGAUUGAGGCUUUGCUGAAGAAAUACAAUGUCACGCAUAAGGUCUCUACACCUUAUCACCCUCAGACGAGUGGACAAGCAGAGGUCUCAAAUCGUGAGAUCAAGAGGAUACUAGAGAAGACUGUGGGCCCAACGAGGAAAGAUUGGAGUCAGAGGCUCGAUGAUGCACUAUGGGCCUACAGGACAGCUUACAAGACUCCCAUUGGGAUGUCUCCCUUUAGACUUACCUAUGGGAAGGCUUGUCACUUACCAGUGGAGUUGGAACACAAAGCUUGGUGGGCAGUGAAGAACUUUAAUAUGAACCUUGAUGAGGCAGGUUUGCAUAGGAAGCUCCAGUUGAAUGAGCUUGAGGAGAUAAGGAACGAGGCCUACGAUAGUGCCUGGAUCUACAAGGAGAAGACUCGAGCCUUUCAUGACAAAAUGAUCCGUGGGAAAUCUUUUGCAGUGGGCCAGAAAGUUUUGAUGUUUCAUUCUAGACUUAGGCUUUUUCCAGGUAAGCUUCGUUCUAGAUGGGUUGGUCCUUUCAUUGUUACUAAUGUUUUCCCUCAUGGUGCUAUACAGAUAAGGAGCGAGAGGACCGACAAUGAGUUUAAGGUGAAUGGCCAUCGAUUGAAGCCUUACUAUGAGGCUUUUGAGGAACACACGGUGGAGGAAGUACCCCUCCAAGAGGCGCCACUCACAAAGGACUAAAUGGAGGUACAAGUCUAGGCUGAAAGACUAUAAACAUUAAGCGCUGCUUGGGAGGCAACCCAAUUCAACCGUAGCUGUGGAGGAGCCAUCAACGGAGAUUUGUUUUCUUGAACUCUUCCUUUUCCCUUUUGUUUUUCCUUUUUGGUGUUUAUUUUUGUGACCCCUUAUACCAUGCU